AUGCCCCCGCCCGAAAGCCCGCCUGAGACCAUUGUGCCUCAAGAUUUUUCCAAACCAGUCAAGCUACUGACUGCCAAAACGCUAGAAAGAACGGCCGACCAAGCAAUCGCGAAAAUCAUCGACGUAAAAAACUUAAAAAACGCGGUCGUCCGUGACUUUGUUCACACGCAUCACAUAAUUCAGAAAAUCACUGAGUCACAAAACGCCAAAAUCAACACGAUUAAGAACGAUUCGUCAGCGGCCCCUCCUCAAGAAAUCAGCAUCGCCGCUUCAGACAACAGUUCCGACGACGACAACGGAGGCUUCCUCUCACCCACCGGCGUAGUGACGCCGACAAAGGCCGCGACCUCAUUGCAGGUCGCUUUGAACUCCCCCGCCUGCCCAGCUAGCCUCAAGCCCAGCACUCAGUCAGCAUCCUCGCUUCAAGCAGUUUUGAAUUUAGCAAGCACGCCGACCGUGAUACAUGCACAGGCCACGCUAACGCCCCCGCCACAGGUCGCCACACUCUCGGGCCCCACGCUCGCCAGCUCACCAAAACGCGCUUCGUCGAUGACCUCAUUGCAGGGCACCCAAGUUACUCAAGCCCCCGUCCAAGCUGCGUCAGCAGCGCCUCCAAGAGUCAACGUCCUGAGCAUCGACUACCGAAACAGAGGUAACCUUCAUUCUUUCAAAGGCUCACCUCAGGAAGAUUUUUCUGCUUUUAUCAGAGCUUUCGAAGAUGUAGUCAACACUUACGAGACGCCACUCACGGACUCCGCGAAGAAAGCUCACCUGCUCACCUACUUAACCGACAACGCAAGAGAUCGCGCAGAAGAAUUCCUCACAGCAAACGCCUCAGCUAAAUUCGACGAUCUAAAAAUAGCACUGGAAGGAGCCUUUCAGGACCCGCUUCGCGCCGAGCUGGCCAGACAACAGCUACGAAACUGCUGUCAGGGAGCUUCCGAGACAGUCGACGACUUCACGAACAAGGUCAAAAAGUUAGCCAACUCAGCCUUCAAGCAGCAAGGACGCAAGACGGUCAACGAAAAAUGCCUCGAGGCCUUCAUCGACGGAUUGAAAUACGACAUAAGGUUCCAUGUGAAAGCCGCCGCUCCAAGAGAUUUUCAGACAGCUGUAAGUACAGCCCUGCGCUAUGAACUUUGGUUGCAGGAAGCAGUAAGGGCCAACACAAUCGCGCCAUCCCUCGUCCCCGUGGCCAUGCUCCAGCCCCCAGCACCAGCUUUUCCUCAGCUGGAUCAGCAGCAAGCUCCGAAGUGUUUCUACUGCGCUCGGACAGGACACCUGGUUCGUGAAUGCAGGACGAGAAUGCGCGACUUCCAGCAACAGAAUAGGCAAUAUAGCGAUAGAGGUGACUUUAAUUGGAACAACAACCAGAACCGCGAUUACUCGGGAAGACCCCGGGACCCAGUUUUUAAUCAUCAGAUCCUGCCUCCUGGCCAAUCGCGCCAGUUCAACCAAUCUUGGGGAAAUCAGCCUAACGUACAAGCCAUUCAUCCCGAGCCGAACGCCUCAAGAGCCGAGGACCUUGCGCUGAUCGAAGCGCAACAGCAGCAAAUCGAAGCGCUUUUGAAAAGAAACAAUGAAAUGUUUCAGAAUCAGCCAAUGGGACACUAG